GCCUGUGGGAGUGGAGCCGGAGCUUCGCUAGAUUUUAUUUUCCGCUGCAGUUUUCUUCUUGGUCAAGGUAAAUAGGCCUGCCCACAGUUGUUGUUCCAUAAAUAAGACUGGGGCUGCCAUGGCAACAAAUAGCUGGGUUGCUGAAAGAGUUAUAGAUUGGCUGAAGGAGAUUCCAACUCUAGGAGCUAGUGCAUUGAAGGUCAAGCUAGAGAAGAAGUACAAAUUUACAAUAGGAUAUGACAAAGUUUUUAGAGGCAAAGAGAAGGCCCUUGAGAAGAUAUUUGGGAAGUGGGAAGACAGCUUUGCAUUGCUGCCCACUUUUAGAGAGGAGCUUUUGAAGGCACAACCUGGAAGUAUUGUCGAUAUUGAUACCGAGAUUCAUGAAGACCAAGUAUGCUUCAGGCGGCUGUUCAUAGCUCUAAAACCUUGCAUUGAUGGAUUCCUACAAGGUUGUAGGCCAUAUAUUGCAAUGGACUCAACACACUUGACAGGGAAGCAUAGAGGACAGCUGGCAGCUGCUGUUGCAAUAGAUGGAAACAACUGGCUUUUUCCUGUUGCAUUUGGUGUGAUAGAAGCUAAGACGACGGAGAGGUGGACAUGGUUCGUGCAGAACUUGAAGAAUGCUAUUGGUAAUCCUCCUGGGCUAGCCAUCAGCACAGAUGCUGGGAAAGGACUAGAGAGAGCUGUUAGUGAUGUCUAUCCAACUGCUGAGCACCGGGAGUGCAUGCGACACCUGUGGAAGAACUUCAAGAAGCAGUACCAUGGACCACUUUUUGGUGAAAACAUGUGGCAUGCUGCUAAGUGCUACACCAGCCAGCAGUACAACUAUCACAUGAACAAGAUUGCUGAGAAAUCUCCUGAAGCUAUUGCAUAUUUAAAAACCAAUCACCCAUUUUUUUGGAGUAGGAGCAAAUUCUCAGAGCUUUCAAAGGUGGACUACAUCAACAACAAUCUUUCUGAGUCAUUCAACAAUUGGGUGAUGAAGAUCAAGGAAUUACACAUAGUGGACUUAUUUGACACACUUAGGCAAAUGAUAAUUGACAAAUUUCACUUGAGCCAACUUGCAAGCAAAAUGGAAGGAAGAAUAAUUCCAUCUAUUAUUAAGACACUGAAUGAACAGAGCAAGAAUCUAAAAGAUUACAAUGUGGUAAGGAGUAAUUGCGAUGAUUUAGCUGAAGUUUCUAUGGUGUCCAACAAGGGAGUGGUAUGGAGGCAUGCAGUGAACCUGAAGGCUCAUACAUGCUCUUGUAGAGCCUGGCAAGUAAGUGGGAAACCUUGUAACCAUGCAUUGGCAUUCAUAGGCUCUCUAAGGUUUUCUGACAUGAAUGGCUAUGUGGAUGAGUGUUAUUCAGUGCAAAGAUUGAGGCAAACAUAUGCUGGGAUAUGGAACCCAAUGACAUCAAAGAAUAUGUGGACAUUUGUAGAUCCUGGUUUCAAAUUGAUGAGGCCAAAGUUGAGGAGAAAGCCUGGAAGGCCUAGGACACAUAGGAUUAAAGCUUCAGAUGAGCCUGGCUGUAGAAAGAAGAGGACAUGCCCUGAAUGUGGUGACAAAGGCCACUUUGCAAAGACAUGUCAGGGAGGACCUAUAGCUAGCAAAAGUUACUUGUCAUCCAUUUUUUUCCCUUUCAUUUGUAAAUUGGCUGCUCACUCUAGAUUUUAUACAGGAAAAGGUCAUCUUCAUCAACACCAUCCUCAGAUCAAGGAAGCAAUACUCCUGGUGCAGCACCUAGGUCAAAGAAAAAAUUACUACUGGAUCAUCCAUUGGCAAUGCAAAUGAUGUGUCAACAAGACCACCAAGAGCAAGAGAGAAGGGGAAGGAGAAGAAAGGUUUUGUUGCGGCAUCCAUUUGAUGCGGUUGUCUUUUGGGAAGGUUCUAAUGGUCUGGACCAUGUUGUCCUAUCAAAUUGAUAUGAUGUAGAACACUGCUAUCAGAUGUAGUUGUCUUUUGGAUGUGAGGAUGAAUCAUAUGAUGUAAACCUCUAACUGUGUUGGUUGAAUUAGUCAUAUGUAGUUGUCUUUUGGAUGUGAGGAUGAAUCAUAUGAUGUGAACCUCAACUAUUGUCAUUUAA